AUGUCUCUAUCCCCACCCUCAACUGGUAACUUUGAAAGUCGUGAAGCACUCAUUAAUCAUUGUGAUAGAGGCAGUCAUUACAUUAAUCGAUUGAAUCUUACUGAUGAAACUCACCAAAAAGCCACAAGCACAAGGCUAAUAGAUUGUCCUUUUGAGCUAUAUGGCAAGAAGAUGAAAGAUGGUCAAUGGCGUUUAGUAAUAAAAAACGAAAGGCAUAAUCACGAAGCAUCACAAGACAUCUCAGGCCAUCCAUCAAGUCACCGAUUAAAUGAAAAACACCAGCAAAGAGUUAGAGAAAUGUUUACGGCAGGUGUUCGCCCUCGUGAAAUAUUUUUUACUCUUUGCCAAGAUGACCCAGAUAAAUUGGCAAUCUUAAAAACUAUCUAUAAUGCUAGGGAUAAAAUUCGCCGUGAUAAUCUUCAGGGUCAUAUACCAAUUCAGGCUCUUCUUGAUGAGCUUGUAGAAGGAAAGUUUGAACAUAACUAUCAAUGUGAUCAAAAUGACAAUUUAACCCAUCUCUUUUUUGUACAUUCUAAAUCAAUCACACUUAUCAAAAUAUAUAACUUUGUUCUUUUAAUGGAUUGUACAUAUAAGACCAACAAGUUUAAGAUGCCAUUGCUUCACAUUGUUGGCAUAACAAGUUUUAAUACCACAUUCUCUUCCUGCUUUGUGUUCUUAAAAUCAGAACAAGAAGACGACUAUGUGUGGGCCCUUAAUCGUGUUGCUCACAUUUUCGGGAAUGUUCCAAAGCCUAAAGUUAUUGUAACAGAUCAUGAAUUAGCCUUAAUGCAUGCUAUACACACUGUGUUUUCUAAAUCUCAAAAUGUUUUAUGCGUUUGGCAUAUUGAAAAAAAUGUGCUAACUAGCUAUCAGCAAAGACCAUCUGAAAUCAAAGAUGUUUUACAACAGAGUACUCUAUCAGCUCACCAAAGAAGUGCAAUUAUAAGUAAGAUGCCAAACUUAUUCCAAGAAUCAACUACAGUCGUACAGAAUCCACAAGUAAGGCAAACAAGGGAACGUCCAGUUGGGGCGAGAAACCAUGCUCAAUCAUCUACUGAAAGGGACCCAUCUGCUUUUGAAUUGGUUGAAUCAGAAAGGAAAUGUAGAAUAUAUCAUGAAUCUAGGCACAAUAGUAGAACAUGCCCGAAUGCGGAAAGUACAAGUGAAGAUA